GAGCUUUCCCCAUUGGAACUGGAUGAGCUUCUAGAUGCUUUCAAGGAAUUUGACACAGAUCAGGAUGGCUUCCUCAGCUACAAAGAUCUGGGAGAUUGCAUGCGAACCAUGGGCUACAUGCCUACAGAGAUGGAGCUGCUGGAGGUCUCUCAGCACAUCAAAAUGCGCAUGGGAGGGCGUAUAGAUUUUGAGGAGUUUGUAAAGAUGAUGAGCCCCAAACUGCUUGAAGAAACAGCUCAUAUGGUGGGCGUGAGGGAGCUGAAGAUCGCCUUCCGUGAGUUUGAUACAGAUGGAGAUGGAGCUAUCAGCAGUUUAGAGCUGCGCCAGGCUGUGACUGCUCUCUUAGGUGAGCAACUCAAUGCCCAGGAGUUGGAUGAGAUCCUGCAGGAUGUAGAUCUCAACGGAGAUGGAAAAGUGGACUUUGAUGAGUUUGUCAUGAUGUUGUCAUCCAUGUAACAAGGACCAGAUGAGAAGAAUGGGAUGUCUUUUUGUUUCCAGAAUUAC